AUUUGCCUCAGCAAAUCGGUUCCCAAGGGGCUUGAGUUUUCGGAACAUCGGGACUCUAGGGUCAGUUUCCAAGCCUGUGGCGGGAUUCGAAAAGGACCGGAACGUAAAAAUUUUCCCCGGAAGCCUGCACGAACCUGUGUAGUCUGGUCCUCCGGAGGACCGCAACCUCUCAGUCUCGUCCUUCAGCCCGCAGCCCCCAAGGGCAACGGUUCGUGCAGAUUCGUCAUUCCACGGAAGAUCCCGAGGUCCCGAGUACAGCCGGUUUCCAUGGUCACCCGGCUAAGGCCGGAUGCGCUUUGGGAGCUUCAGCCGAGGCCUGCAAGGCGCUUGAUUUCCCCCACUCCCCCAAAAACAGUCUAACUAUGGCGGCCUGGAAGGACCACCCGCAGGUUAGUGGACUGUGAGCUUUAAAUCACUGAUCAGGGAACCGAGAGAGCCCCCUGGGUGGAACUCUACCGUUGUCAUUCUUUUGGGGCCACGGAGGCUUCCGACAGAAGCUCGGUUUGGACUGGAAUUUCCAAAAGGAAGCUGAGCUAGAAUGCCAGUGACUGUGGAGGUAUUGGAAUGUUGCGGGUCAAGAGCCUGUUUACUAAUUAUCUUGGGCUAUCUUUAGCCACCUAUAGAACAGGUUUCUCUACUGGACUCUAACCUACCUGCCUGAAGUGUCUCUGACCUUUGAAGAUGUGGCUGUGGCUUUCACCCAGGAGGAGUGGGGACAGCUGGACCCUGCUCAGAAGACUCUGUACCAAGAGGUGAUGCUGGAAAUCUCUGGGUUCCUGGUAGCUCUGGGGUAUUCUGUUCCCACACUGAAGCUGCUGGAGCAAGGGCAGGAACCAUGGGCAGUGACAACGUCCCUCUCCCAAAGCACCUGCUCAGGCGACAGUAGAAAAACCAAGGCCAUAGGACCUACCACCUAUAAGCCACAGCUGUCUGAGGCAACCUCAUUCCAGGAACAGUCACCACUAAGAACCCCAGGAGGCUUGCAGUGGGUGCCAACCAAAGGCCACGAUGAUGCAUCGGAAGUUCAGGAAAGGCUCUUCAUACAAGAGACAGAGGCCCAGGAGAAGAAGCUUUCUGGGAAAAUGAGUCCUAUACUAGAUGAUAUAGGGACAGCUGAGGAACUGCAUCCAAUGCACAUACAGGAGGAAGAGGAAACGAUCUUCAAAUGCAGAGACUGUGGGAAGGCAUUUAGUAAGAAAAACCUUCUUGCUUCACAUGAAAAAAUCCACUCUGGAGUAAAGCCCUAUGAGUGUAUAGAAUGUGGGAAGACCUUCAUAAAGAGCACCCAUCUCCUUCAGCACCAGAUGAUCCACACUGGGGAGAGACCCUAUGAGUGUCUGGAAUGUGGGAAGGCCUUCAACCGCAAGUCCUACCUUUCCCAGCACCAGCGGAUCCACAGUGGAGAGAAGCCGUAUACGUGCAGUGAGUGUGGGAAGGCUUUCACACACCGCUCUAAUUUUGUCUUGCACAGCAGGAGACACACUGGAGAGAAAUCUUUCGCUUGUACAGAAUGUGGACAAGUCUUUCGACACAGGAGAGGUUUCCUUAGGCACUGUGUCACUCAUGGUGGAGAGGACCCGUCCGAGUGCUUUGAGUGUGGACAGGUCUUUAAGCACAGGUCCUACCUCAUGUGGCACCAGCAGACGCACACUGGGAAGAAGCCAUACGAGUGCAGUGAGUGUGGGAAAGUCUUCCUGGAGAGUGCAGCCCUGAUCCACCACUAUGUGAUCCACACCGGGGAGAAGCCCUUUGAGUGCCUCAAGUGUGGCAAGGCCUUCAACCACAGGUCGUACCUCAAUAGGCACCAGCGUAUUCACACUGGGGAGAAGCCGUACGUGUGUGGCGAGUGUGGGAAAGCCUUCACCCACUGCUCUGCCUUCAUCUUGCAUAAAAGAGCCCACACUGGAGAGAAGCCCUUUGAGUGCAAAGAAUGUGGGAAAGCCUUUAGCAAUCGGAAAGACCUCAUUCGCCACUUCAGCAUCCACACUGGGGAGAGGCCCUAUGAGUGUACAGAGUGCGGGAAGGCCUUUGCCCUCAUGUCUGGUCUUACGAGACACAAGCGCAUUCAUAGUGGGGAAAAGCCUUUUGAAUGUAUUGAGUGUGGGAAAUCCUUCUACUGGAGCACAAACCUCAUUCGCCAUGCCAUCAUCCACACUGGGGAGAAGCCAUUUAAGUGCAGGGACUGUGGGAAGGCCUUUAGCCGCAGCUCAUCCCUCACUCAGCAUCAAAAAAUGCACAGUGAGAGAAACCCUGCUGGUGUGUCGCAUGAGGGGCCUCUCACAACCACGCACACCUCAGUUACCCUCCAGGAACUCCUUCUAGGCAAAGACUUCUUGAAUGUAACCUCUGGGGAAAAUCUUUUGUCACAGGAAACAAGUUCCUCAGCAUCUGAUUAUUUAUACCAAAGAGAAACUCCACAAGUGUCUUGAUUAUAAAGAGAGAGAGAGUAAAAAGCUCCUGUUGCAGAAUCUUCUCCAUCAUCUGAAGACCAACAUCAGUGUGGCAGAUGCCAUGGCUCUUCUCUCUGAGAUGGACGCUGGUUAGACCCAUGCCGGUAAGCCACAGUCAAGUGGCGAUACACAUUAAUGAAGAUGGGUUAAACAAAUACGUAAGAGUUAGCCAAUAAGAGGUUAGAACUAAUGGGCCAGGCAGUGUUUAAAUGAAUACAAUUUGUGUGUUGGUAUUUCAGGAUAUAAGCUAGCCGGGGGUCGGGACACAGCCCGCUGCUUUCUCUUACUACACAGCAGCAGCAGACCCAAUUUAUAGCCAUAUUUUCCACCUGAAAGUUCACCCAGGAAAGAGACUCAUGGUUUGGGGCUUUGGAAUUUUGUUUUGUUUUCGCAAAGGAAAAGCUUCAGCUGCAUCUCUCUCCUCGUUUACACUGCAAUGUUAUUUCAGGAAUUGUUUUUACAAAGGAACAGAUGUAAACAAAAAUAAAAACAGGUCUCUUCAGACCUCCCUGCCAAAUCUAUGACACUUCACUAUUGAUUCCUUAGCUUAUUUGGAGUUAGGUGGGUGUUUCAGAGGUGCAAGGCCUUCUGCCCUUUUUGUGUCUUAUGUAUUCGUUUGUUGCUGUUCAGUUACUACAGGAGUUAGCUGAGAACAAGCCUGUAAAUGUGUGUAUAUUUUUGUGUCCUACGAUAAUUUCUUUAUUCUUGAUCUGUAGCUUUUAUGAGGGAGCAUUUGAGUCAUGAAAAUAUUUUCUAUUUAAGGGAAUAAGGAUCCAUAACUUUCCUAAGUAUAUCUGUACUUUUGAAAAUUCCAAUAGUUUUUUCUUUUUUUCCUUUACCAAGAUGUAUCUCACUGUAUGUGUUUGUGCAUGUGUGUGUAAGCUUAACUGCUGAGCCAUCUCUCUACCCCUAACCAUAUAAAUACAGUGAUCUCCAUAGCACACAGCUGAAA